UUGGAUAAUUAAUCAAAGAUCUUACUAAAGUUGCCGUUCGUCGUCGUCGUCGUCUCCCGCCUCGCCCAAAGAAAACUCUAACCGCCUCAUCGAUCGCAUCUGCUAAAAUACAACAAUCAAUCACCUCAUCGCUUUCAAUGGACUCUCACUCUCCUCACCUCAACGCGGCAAAUCGUUCGCGAAGCUCUCAGACUCCUCCCUCUCCUUCUCACUCCGCCUCCGCCAAGAUCGCCGCGUCUGAAGACCUCGAGAGCAUCGCGCGCCGCGGCGCGGAUACCGAUUCAUACCCCGAGGAAUCGGAGGAUGACGAAUUCGCUCCCGAGCAGGAUCAAGACUCUUCGAUCCGCACAUUCACCGGCGCUAGACUCGAUUCCGUUUCAGGAGGAGUCAACGGAUCGAGUCGCAACGCUGAGAUCAAGACGGAGAACCUCGAUAGGGCUCCUGAUGACGCUAAGAUAAUGAUGAAGGAAACCUUGCAGGGUAGCGGAGCGAGUAGCGGAGCUUACAUUGCGAGAGAAGAAGCUUUGAAGCUAGAGGAAAAAGCAGGUCAUCUCAAGUUUGCUUGUUACUCAAAUGAUGGUGUUGAUGAGCAUAUGAUGUGCUUGAUUGCGUUGAAGAACAUCUUUGCAAAGCAGUUACCUAACAUGCCAAAGGUGUACAUUCUUCGCCUUCUCAUGGAUAGUAAGCAUAAGUCUGUCAUGGUGCAAAGAAGAAAUGUAGUUGUAGGUGGGAUCACGUAUCGUCCAUAUCGCAGUCAGAGGUUUGGGGAAAUAGCAUUUUGUGCAAUCACUGGAGAUGAACAAGUAAAAGGUUACGGUACCAGAUUGAUGAACCACUUGAAACAACAUGCACGUGAUGUUGAUGGAUUAACGCAUUUUCUUACUUAUGCGGACAAACAUGCGGUUGGUUAUUUUCUCAAGCAGGGUUUUACGAAAGAGAUUUACUUGGAGAAAGAAGUCUGGUAUGGGUUCAUUAAAGACUAUGAUGGUGUCCUCCUUAUGGAAUGCAAAAUUGAUCCGAAGCUUCCAUAUACAGAUUUGUCAAGCAUGAUUUGCCAGCAAAGAAAAGCAAUUGAUGACCAGAUAAAAGAGUUAUCAGAAUGUGAGGAUUUUUAUCAAGUACCUGAAUUUCAAAAGAAAGAAGGUGGAAGUCCUAAAAGGAUCAGACCUGAAGAUAUACCUGGCUUAAAGGAGGCAGGUUGGACCCCGGAUCAGUGGGGGCACACUCGUUACAAAGUAUUCAAUGGUUUUGUAGAUAAUGCGACAAAGCAAAAGCAGUUGAACGCACUAAUACGCAUGCUUUUAAAGACAAUGCAAGACCAUGGUGAUGCCUGGCCUUUCAAAGAGCCAGUUGAUAUUCUCGAUGUCCCUGAUUACUAUGACGUCAUUAAAGAUCCCAUUGAUCUGAAGACAAUCGCAAAGAGAGUAGAAUCAGAAGAGUACUACGUGACGCUUGAUAUGUUUGUGGCUGAUGUGAGAAGGAUGUUCAACAACUGUAGAUCUUACAACUCCCCGGAGACCAUGUAUUACAAAUUUGCAACCAGGUUGGAAGCACACUUCCAUAGCAAAUUACAAGCAGCUCUCCAGUCUGGUGCAAAAUCUCAAUAGAAGGAUGGUAAAGUGAUGUAAAGAUACUCGUUGGAACUGAU